CGUGAGUGAAGUUAUGUUUGCAGCAGUCCGUAAAGCAAUAUAAUGGAUUGCGCUGGCAUGCCAUGCGUUAUCGUGGUUUCUAUAGGUUGCCAACAGCAAGUACUGUAUCAUUAAACCCCAAGACGUUAAUUGAGUAGAAGUACAUCCAAAUUAAUGCACUAUGGCGUUAUAUUUAAAAGCUGCGGAGAUACUCGACAAAGUGGAGCGCAAGGAAGGUGCUGUUAAGACCUUGGUGUACGACAGUAAAUUUCAGAACAUCAAGCAGCUCUUUGCCUUGGUCUGCGAGGCUCAGAAAUACUCCGCCGUGCUUCAAGACAUCAUCACCGCGACCAAACUGCUCAAGCACACCAGACUUAAAAUGAACUUGGCCAAAGUUCUGGUGUACGACCUGCUGAUCGGACAGGGGCUGAAGUGCGGAGGGAGCUGGAAGGCGAUGAUGAUGAAGCACCGCUCACGGUUGCAGUCUGAGCUUGCCCGUAUGAAAGUUCGGAAGAAGGUCAGCCGCAACCAGGACCUGCUGCCCCCGAGCAGCCGACAGAGCGAGGGCAGUCAGCUGCCACGCUACGUGCGUGUAAACACACUGAAGACCACUGUGGAGGAUGCCAUAGACUACCUGAAGAGAGAAGGAUUCAUGUAUCAUGGGCAAGCUGGCAGGAUGGAGGAUCUGAAGACGUUGUGUGGCAAAACGUUUAUCAGAGACCUGCACCUCCCCGAGCUCCUCGUGUUCCCACCCAAAAUAGACUUCCAUGAUCACUUCCUGUACCAAGCUGGACACAUUAUCCUGCAAGACAAGGCCAGCUGUCUCCCUGCAUACCUCCUGAACCCCCCUGUUGGGGCGCAGGUUCUGGAUGCCUGCGCCGCCCCCGGCAACAAGACCAGCCACCUGGCUGCCAUCAUGCGUAACAAGGGGAAGUUGUUAGCAUUUGACCUGGAUGCGAAACGCCUGGCCACCAUGAGCACGCUCCUGCUCCGGGCUGGGGUCACAUGUCAGCAGCUAGCCAAUCAGGACUUCCUGAAGGUGGACCCGGAGAGUGCAGAGUACAGCGGGGUGGAGUACGUCCUGCUCGACCCCUCCUGCAGCGGCUCAGGCAUGGUGUGCCUGCAGGAUGGCUCCUCUGAGCCCCUGGAUGCGGGGCGUCUCCAGGCCCUGGCUGGGUUCCAGCUGCGCUGCCUGAACCACGCCCUGCGCUUCCCCAAGCUCCGCCGCCUGGUCUACUCCACCUGCUCCAUACACACGCAGGAGAACGAGGAGGUGUUGUCUGCCUGCCUGAAGGAGAACCGGAGAUUCAGGCUGGUUCCCCUCCUGCCCUCCUGGCCCGAGCGUGGGCUCGCUCCCCUGCCCCAGUGCCUGCGGGCCAGCCCUGCCUCCACCCUCACCCACGGCUUCUUUGUGGCUGUCCUGGAGCGCCGUGCCGAGGGGGAGGAGGAGGAAGAAGAGGAGGGUCCAGAAAUGCCCUCGCCAAACAGCCCUCCAAUCAGCGCGGAGCCCCAAGUCACCAGUGAUGAUGAGGUACAGGAGCCCGUCGCCAUGGAGACACAGCCAGAGACGCCGAUGGCCAAGAGGAAGAGGAAGAACAAGAGGAAGAGGAAGAACAAGGCCGUAAGCUGAGGGCAGCGCGGCGGUACCGUCAGUACCGGAGGACAGCCUGAAUGCCGCCACGGCGGGAGAGACGAGAGCGGUGCAGCCAAACGCCUCAAACCGGGACGUAGCGGGGACUUUUAUUGAGACCUUUAAACCCCAGAGUGGGUGGGCACGUUGUUACGCUGCCAAACAUCCAAACUGUUCCAGUCCAACAGGAAUCAUCAUCUGUGGAAACACACCAGCUUAGAUUGUCUUGGACUUUACCAGGUCUGUAUUCACGAGUUCAGUGGGUCUGCAUUUCUGCAAUAGAAAUCAAACUUAAUUAAA